ACACACACACACACACACACACACACACACACACACACCAAAAACUGUCCAUGUAGCUAUGUAAAUUGUUAUGUAGGCUAGAAUUUUGUUCUUGUUGAAUGAUUCCAAUACAUUUGUGGGUAUUGCCUAUUCCUCAAACCUUCAGGUGCAUUAAUUAUCAGGGGUUAAAUAAUAUCAUGGGUAAUUUUGACAGAUUAUUGUUUUCAUGUAAUCAUGUUGUUUAUGAUUGCCUUUUUCAUUUUCCAUAAUCUGGUUUUAUAUUAAAGGCAGAUAAUGAACCAAUAAUAUAGCACUUUACUUGUUGAAACAAACAAUUUAUGAGAAUAAUAUGCCUCAAAAUAACUAGGCUAUUUGAACUUAGUUCAACGUUGCUUGACUUUUAUUUUGACAGGUCAAUGUUGCAAAUGUUCCCACUGUUUCCUCAGUUCACAGUAAAUGGAAUUGCUGUUCAAUCAUCUGUGGACUCGGAAAGGUAUCCAGGACUGUUUUUAAACGGGCUGAAAUGAGUUUCCUGGGAGGCCUGUUCGGUCCAGUGUGUGAAAUUGAUGUCAUACUCAACGAUGCCGAGACGAGGAAGACAGCGGAGCUCAAAAGUGAAGAUGGCAAAGUGGAGAAGCACUAUCUGUUUUAUGAUGGGGAGUCUGUUUCAGGAAAGGUAAAUCUGAAUGUGAAGCAGACAGGAAAGAGACUAGAGCAUCAAGGAAUCCGGAUUGAGUUUGUGGGCCAGAUUGAGCUCUUCAGUGAUAAAAGCAACACGCAUGAGUUUGUGAACCUUGUGAAGGAGCUGGCUCUGCCGGGAGAGCUGACCCAGAACCGUAGCUACGACUUCGAGUUCAUGCAGGUGGAGAAACCCUACGAGUCCUACGUAGGAGCCAACGUCCGGCUGAGAUACUUCCUGAAAGUGACCAUCGUGAGAAGACUGUCGGACCUGGUGAAGGAGUAUGACCUUAUAGUGCAUCAGCUGGCCACGUACCCAGAUGUCAACAACUCGAUCAAGAUGGAAGUGGGCAUUGAGGACUGCCUGCACAUAGAGUUCGAAUACAACAAGUCCAAGUAUCAUUUAAAAGAUGUCAUCGUGGGCAAAAUCUAUUUCCUGCUGGUGAGGAUCAAGAUCCAACACAUGGAGCUGCAGCUGAUAAAGAAAGAAAUGACUGGCAUUGGCCCCAGUACGACCACCGAGACGGAGACCGUGGCCAAGUACGAGAUCAUGGACGGGGCACCAGUGAAGGGAGAGUCCAUUCCCAUCCGGCUGUUCCUGGCCGGCUAUGACCUCACCGCUACCAUGAGGGACGUCAACAAGAAGUUCUCGGUGCGCUACUUCCUAAACCUGGUGCUGGUGGACGAGGAGGACCGGCGAUACUUCAAACAGCAGGAAAUUGUUUUGUGGAGGAAGGCCCCAGAGAAAAUGCGGAAACGCAACUUCCACCAGCGAUACGAGUCGCCUGAGCCGCGGACGACGGUUCCUGCAGAGCAGCCCGAGAUGUGAGGGCGGCGGGGGUGGGACGGGGAGGAGGAGGAGGAGGAGCACAGAAGCUGUGGGUAGGGGCACGCUUAUCAGCCCAAAGCAGGGGCCUAAGAAGGUGUUUCAAGAGUAAACCAGGUUAAGAGGUAAAUCAUCUAUCAUCUGGAGUCCUCAUUUUCUUAAGGCUCCAGGCUCUUCUAUUUUCUUAAGAAAACGAGGACUCCAGGCUCUUCUAUUAGAUGAUUUACCUCUUAACUUAACCUGGUUUACUCCUGAACCAGCUUCUUAGUAUACCCCUCAGGUCAUCAGACUUGACCUCUGCUGUGACCCACACCUCCUAACCAGGCUCUCUCUCCACUCCCACAUGCUCCAAUCUCACUCACGUGUGGCGAUGGAUGUGCUCCCUUCUUGCUUGACCAGGCUGUGUUCACCUUACCGUCCACUGUAAGCGGUCUUGUCAUUAAGCAUUAGGGACCUGUCUUUUGUUUUCUUGACAUCAUGCACACACACAAGACACACCCUUACCAAUACUCUUAAAACACUGGAUCAAACAACAAAAAAAGAGAAACUUACCAUUCAUUGCAAAAAUUCAUCGCAUCUUCUUUCUUUUCUUUUGGAAAUACACUGUGUUCCUUUAUGUAAAAUUGAAAAGUAAAACGUAUACUCUAAUUGAAAGGAUUUUCCCCUGAAGGUGGGAUAUGAAAUUCACAGCCGCUACACUUAAUAGCAGAGAGCCAAAACGAUGCAUGUGAUUGGUUGAAUCCAGUUAGACGGAACGGUUUGUCACUCUUGAACCCUUUUUCAAGGUUUCAAAACAGGCAUACUUUUUGUUUAAAGAGGUGCCAUGCUUGGAAUUUCCUGCAAGCUGUAUAAGAUUUAUAUCUCGUAAAUAAUAUUUAGUGUCUAAUUUGUAUGCCAUUUUGUUUGUUUUUUACUCCCCCUCACAGAAAAAAACUGUUACAGAUUGUGUGGAAUUUACAAAGAUUAUAUAUAUAUAUACAUUUGAGGAUACUGUAUGCCUUUGCAAGAGAAGAUACAGAUUUAAAAAGCAAUGUAGCUGUUUUGUCAUAGCCCUCUUAUUGUGACAAGUUGAAUCUGUCUGAAGUGAACGGUUGAGCUCCAUUUCAGUUUUUUUUUUUUCUUGCUCAGCUUGUGCUUUUGCAGGUAUUGCAAUUACGUUAUGUCAAACUUGCAAGCAUUAAUGAAGGAUGAAUUCAAAUUCAAAGUCGAAGAAGGUAUUCCACUGAGAAGCGUUUACUUUCACCGAGGCUACACUAGUUGUCCUGUCUCAACCUGGUUGCUCACUGUUCAUUUCUGAACACCAUAGGCAGGCUUACACGGAUAACCUAGUUUUAGUCACACUGUAUGUAAGUGCCUGUACGGUAUGGUAAUGAUGACGAAACUCUAAUGCCAAAUAUGGCUUCACCCCCACCCCCCCUCUUGCAUGUCAGCCCUUCUUUUUACUCUGUGUACUGUGUCUGAUUUCCUGAGUUUGUGGACCCUAAAGAAAAUUGUAAAUAUGUAGCUUUGAGCUAUUUAUCCAUCUGUCAGAAUAAAAUUACAGAUUUAUACUCA